AUGUGGGCAAAUCCUUUUGGUGCCUCAUGGUCCAUGCAUCAGGCAGACUACCAGAAUGUUCCACAUGAGCAAGUUGACUGGGCUGCGCUGGCUAAGCAGUGGAUUACUCAGAGAGAGAUCAUCCCACCUCCAGAGGCUGUAGCUCCUCCACCGGAGCCUGCCAGUGUUGCACCUCCACCACCUCCUCCGCCUCCACCUCCACCAGAGGAAGGGCCUGUCAGUUCACAUAAGCUCGAAGAUGAGACCAGCAUGGACAUUGCUUCUGAUGAUGAGAACACCGGUGCGCCAGCAGUUGCACCAAGUAUUCCUGAGCCUCAGGUUGUGGAGCAGCCGUUUCCGGGACAAGCUCCAUGGAUGCCACAGCAGCAACAGUGGUGGCCACCCAGGCAGGGAGGAGAUAUGUGGAUGGGACCUCAGAUGGGACCUAACAAGGAUGGAUAUGUGGGCGAGAUGCCGAGCUUCCAGCCAAUGGCAGCUUUCCCUCCAGGGAGCGAUAUUUACUAUGAUCAGGACUCCAACAGUAGAGAUCUUAUGCCCUACUGGGACGACCAUGUUGGGGGAGACAGUGAUACCUCCCAGCCACCUCUGCUGGCAGAUCCACCGCGAGCACAUCAUGGGCAUCAUCAUCAUCACUCGCAACAUUCGCACCAGCGGUCAAACAGGCAUAAUCAGAUGCGAGGCGGGGACCUCCUUGUUGACGGAGAGGAGAGCAGUCUGGAUGCAGCCAAACGCCGGGCUCUGCCAGCUUGGAUCAGGGAUGGGUUGGAGAAGAUGGAGCGUGAAAAACAGAAACUGUUGGAAAAGGAGCAGUUAAAACAGCAGAGGGAAGCCAUGUUAAAACAGCAAGAAGGCGAGAAGGCCAAGCACCAGGCAGGAAAUGAAAAUCCCAUGAAAAGCAAAUUUGAUUCAGACGAGGAGGACGAUUCUACAGUUGAUAAAGAAAUUGACGAAGAUGAGGUUGAGAAUGAAGACCGUAAAAAGAAUGAGCUACCACCAGGAUCUGAUGAGCCAGAAAAACCUGCAGAAUCCCCAGCACCAGCCAAACGAAGUCCAUCCCCGAUUGCUUUCAUGACAGAGGAGGAGAAGGAAAUGGCAUUGAUGAUAAAAGUGAAGCGCCUGCUGACGGAGACGUUGCUGGAGGUCACCAAUGAUGAAAUCCGUGCUGUUGCCACAGAAGUGUACCAGAGAGCUCGUAAAAAAGUGCUCCAAGCUCCUGCAAAGCAACUUGCCAAGUCCUCCGCUUUGGCUUCUUUGACUUCACUGGGGCUUGGCUACGGGUCUGACAGUGAUGGGAGCAGCAGUGAGAGCUCAGAGUCUGACUCGGAACUUAAAGAGAAGAUUCGCCGCAAGAAGGAAGCUUUCGCCAGACGUCACCGCCACAAAGCUGAUGAGCAGGAGGAGGAUAAAGGAGACUCUAGUCCACCAACUUCAAAACAUAAAUCCAGUCAAGAUGAUGUCAGGAAAAGUUCCAGACUGGCACACGAGGAUCACGGCCGACAUUCUAGCAAUAAAGUUGAUAUGAAAAGAACAGACAGACAGGGCGAUAAAGAAUCAAAGUCGGACAAAGAUAGGAAUAAUGAAGUAGAGGACAAAAAAAAAAUCAGUGAAACAAAAUCUAGGAAAUCUUUGAGUGAGAAUCGGCAAAACAGUGAGGGAAAAGAUGACAAGGAAGCUAUGCAAAAGUCUGGGGAGGAUAAAGAAGACAAGGAUAAAGUAAGACAAAAGGUGAAUGUAAUUGACGAUGAGGUGGAGAAGAAUAAAAACACUCUUGAUAAAAAGGAGGAGAGGAGAAAAAGUAGUGAAGUUAAAGAGGAGAAAAAUGGUGCCAAGUCUCGUAAAGAAGAGGAGGUUGUGAAUUCAAAAGAAAGUGUUGAGAAAAAGAGUGGCAGUAACAAAAAAAUUCAGGAGAAAGUGAAGAAAGAUACCUCAUCUGACUCCAGCGAUGAAGAUUCUUCUUCUUCGUCUGGGUCAGAGUCGGAGAGUGGAAGUGGUAGUAGCAGUAGUGGUAGUGCUAGUGAUGAUGAGGGUGGUGGCAGCUCUAGUUCUUCCUCUUCAUCGUCAGGUUCUUCUUCAUCGUCUUCAUCCUCCUCCUCAUCGUCAGAUUCUCAAGCAAAAGUAGCAAAGCAAAGGAUGUCUUCCAAAGAAAAUAAUAAAAAAGAUGCAAGGAAGAAAUUAAAGUCAGUAAAAGCAAAUGUUGUGAAAGAAGAAAAAGUGCCGAAAAUGAUCACACGUGAUAUAAAAAAGGAACAUAAUAGUAGAGAAAAGAAGAGUAAGAGAGAGGAUGAAAUGUAUGACAGAGAUGGGAAAAAUACACAAGAAGUUCUUAAGAAAAUAAAAAAGGAAAAAGAUGAAGAUUCAGACAACUCGUGGAACGAAAGAAAGAGAGAAAAAAGGAAGAAGAGAAAGCAUAGCACUAGUAAUAAUGAUAGAUAUCAAGAUGAAAGGAAAUUUAGUCGGAACAGUGAUGACAAACGGCGCUGGAGUACUGAUAAACGUUCAAGUCCUGGUAGAGCUAGUGUUUCUCGAGGCAGUGGUGAGCGUGAUAGGGUUUUCAGUAGUCAUAGGGACUUGUCAGACGAUGACCGUGACAGAGACUACCUCCGUAAUGAUUCUGACAGACGCAAGACCAAAGAUAAAUCUAAGAGCAGAAGAAGUUCCAGUAGGGAAGACAGAACACAUCGUAGUAAACAUGACCGAAGUAAGGACAGAGACAGAUUCUCAAGACAGAGUUCGCUGGAUGAGUCCACCCACAAAAGGCUCUCUUCUAAAUCCGGUAAGAAACGACGCCGAUCCAGAUCCUCAUCAGAAAGCAGCCGAGACUCUCGGCCCAAGAAGAAAGAGUUACCGUCCAAAGAAAGCCACCAGUCCAGACACCGCAGGAGCAGAGAUGGGUAUGAGGGGGGAGUGGAAGAGUAUGAUGGGGACAGGAAAGAGCGUGGUAAGACAGCCAAGAGCAAACGUGACGGUAGAUCUCGAUCAAGAUCCAGAUCUCGGAGACGGUAG